AAGAAACCCUCCUGCGCGGAGGUUCCGAGUCAGAUUUGGAUAUCGUGCGAAGCCGACUCGCGCGCAGUCAAACACGACUCCGCCAGGCGAAAAUUCGACUCCGCACGUCAUCUCCCUCUCGUAUAAAGCUUCGCUUCCGCUCGGGAGAUGCUGGGUAACGCAUCCGAUUCGAUUCCAGAUUCGACCCUGUUUCGAUCCGUUGAGAUUCCGGAACAUCAGACCCCGCCGAUCCGAUCGCGGAACCGGCCAUGGAGUUGUUCUCGUCGUCUCUGGCGGACGUGCUGACGAAGAUCGCCAUGUUCCUGGUGGUCCAAGCCCUGGUCUACCUCAUCCUCUCCAAAUCCUCCGACGUCUUCUCCAAGGACAAGAAGCCGAGGUCCCUCAGCUUCAAACCGGCCCGCUCCGUCAGCAUCCGCCGCAUCCUCGCCGCCCUCUCCGACUUGCCGGCCGGCGGCGAGCCGUCGCCGAGGCCCGAGCGCCCCCAAGUCAAGGAGGACGACGACGACUCCUCUGCGAAUUGAUUGGUCCGCAAAAGAGCGCUUUGUAUCAUUCGGAUGUAAAUACAGUUUUGUGUGGUGAUUCGUGUUUUUCGUCAUCUGUAAAUCGAUCAGGCGUGG